AUGGAACAAGAGGCUUGUCGUGCAGCCGAACGACGUAUCUCUGACCUGGCGGCAAGUGUAGAGAAGCUCAUCAAAGUCGUAGAAUCGCAGUCCGCCGAAAUUGCGACCCUCAAGCAAGACCUUCGUGAGGGAUCAUCUCGUAGUUCAGUGCGAGAGCGUCUGCAUGAAGUUUCAUACGUCAAGGACGACGUGUCCACGAGCAAUCAAGCUGUAUCCAGCCCUAUUCCGGGCACUCUGAGACAACGUGACGAUGAUGCUUGCUCACAACAUCAUGAUACAAGUACGGCACAGCCGUUCGUGCUGGCGUCAGGCAGGUCUGCCGGACGGAGGGCGUGUGCGUCCGUAGCGCCGCCGUCGCAGUUCAUAUCACCGACAAGUUCGCUUGGUCAGACACUUGAGCGUAAACUUAAGCAGCUGGAAGAUGCUAUGCUCACCAUGGAUAAGGCCGGAGCUGCUGCUGUGAGACCGAAUGUCAAGCCCGAGCCCCCAACAGUGUACGAUGGGCGAGACGACUUAGAUGCGUUCCAGCGAUACGUCGAGGAAUCAGUCGAGUAUCUGAUAGAUGGAAUGAUCAGUCGUGAGCGGCACGUGGCAAAGAUAGGGCACUUCCUCGAGGAGGAGGCCCAGAUGUUCGUCAAGCGUGUUGUGAAGCAACCGGAACGGUGGUCAGUACAUCAGUUCUUCAACGAGCUGUUCAACUACUGCUUCCCCGACGGAUUCCUGAAUGCAAUACGAGAUCGUUGGCAAAAUUGUCAGCAGCUGGAAUCGUCUGUUAAGGUCUACGCCGCGACCAUGGAGGGUCUUUGGGAUGAUCUCGGCGAUGAGAUAUCACCCCGUCAGUUCGUUCAACGCUUCUGGAACGGGCUGAGUGAUGCAAUCAGUCGUGAACUAUACAUGGACCGGCUGCACCCAGAUAUCAGCACUUACGAGGAGGUUCUCGAGAGUGCUAUAGUCGCAGAGCGGGCCAUAAACAACAGCCUCCAUGCGCGUGAGUGGUCUGAGGAGUCGGAUACUGAAUCCGAACCCAACACGAUGUCUGAGAACGAGCUACAGGAGCACAUGAAGUAUGGCCUGUGCUUCAACUGUCAUCAGAAAGGUCAUAUUCGUCGUAAUUGCCCCGACGAUCGUAAUCAGGAAAGCAGUGAGUGUGAUGAAGACGACACACCUGCAUCCACGGCGAGCUAUGCCAUUGCGUAUGUCAAUAUGUACGAUGAUGCCGUAACUACGUCCAUGAAUGGCUGCGACACUGGUCCGCAGAUGCAGGACGUGUUGCAAUGUGGUUUGAUUUCUUAUGGGAUGUUUGACGACAAACGACAAGUUGCGGAGGGCGAGCUUGAUAUCGCUCUCUCGCAGCUUCAAGUCGAUGACCUUGCAUUGUCCGAGCGUCAGCUUGGUUGUUGCGAUGAAUUUAUGAAAUACCUGGAACCGUGUGUCUUCACGACGGAUGCUGCCUGUGACGAGCACGACGACCAUGGGUCCAGACCCACUCUUGUCUAUUUGGACAAUGUGCGAGCAGUGCGACUUGAGCUUAGCGUCUUCGUCGUAGGACCCCGUUGGUUUGGCGACUCUGUCGCCGGUCUGACGGAUACUCUUGACGAGACGCCACCUAGUCACCUGUCACCGUAUGUUUGGAAUAUACGGAUAGACGAGAUGGUAAUUGCAAUUGGCAUGCUUCAACCCCCAGGCGGAGCUCCGUGUGGCGAUAUUGUGGGCCAAAUUUCUGGGAAAGAGUCAGACACUAGCACGAGUGUUGAUUUCCCAUCGGUUCCAAGUUUUGACGUGUUCAAUGCCUCGAUUGACGCACCUAGCGGCACGCCGGAGGGCGGGACGGUAGAAUCAAUUAGAACCGUGCACCUUUGGUACUCAGACCUCACUAGAGGGUAUUUGAGCUUGCGACCGACGGUGAUCUUCGAGGAGGUGAAAGGCCGUCGUAUUCUUAAUAUCGCAUAUGCUAGUGUACAAACCACGGCGUGGUGCAAUGAUGCAGACAUAGUUCACGAGACUUCGUUGGUCGUCGUGAACCCUGAGCUGUUGACGUUGGAUGCAAUCACGAAGUCGGCGAAGCGGCUGCAUGACCACGCGUCAACGCCAUUGCCGAACAUAGACGGUAUUACUUACCAGGGUGAGGAUCAUCUUGGUUAUGUCUUCGCCGGAGGGAUCAGAGUCCGUAAGGUACUCGUCGAUCCUCAGCCCGGAGGGCGCAUAUAUGUCGUCCUCGGCUUCCCCGGUUGUUCUGUCACAUUCCUCAAGGUCAGCAAGUUCGAAUCCCUCAAGAUUUCCAGCAAGAUUGUUCGCACCUUCAACCACUGUCAAUCCUCACGCCAUUCCUUCCCCUUGCUCGACACGACGUUCGCGUACCCCUCCAUCCGUCGCGUCCCCACCCUUAUCAAACCGCCAUCGGAGACGAAGUCCGACUCCUGCGUACUCCUUUGCGACAUCGAGCGCAUCAUCGAACCCCCGAAGGAACGAGUUCCGGCAACCUUCAUCGAAUACGCCCCACCCGUACGCGGAUAUCUCUUCGGUCUCGCGCAUGAUAGCAACGGCGGCAUCUAUGGCAUCUAUGGCAAGCCCGCGGGCAUUCAUCAGCAUACCCAAUCCAGCCAUAACGGGUCACCUACCGGUCUCCUCGACCGCAUCACCACAUCAUCCCCGUUCGACUCUAGCCACGGGAUACAGCCCCAUUCCGAAGCUGCUGCCAACGAGCCAAGGUCACUGUCAUAUCAUCCCGAGGCUACGCAUCCCGCGUACAUCGCCGCUUUUGGUCGUUCGGAUCUUACGAAGUAG